CCCCCGCUCAGGGCGGGGCGGCGGCGGCGCGGAACCUUUCAGUGCGGCGCCGCUUCCCGCCCGGACGCAGCCGCAGCGGCGCCGCUGCCGCCGUUGCCGGGUAACGCGGGGUGCGGCGGCGAAGGCGGCCCGGCCGCGCAGGCCCCGCGAUGCUGGACCCGGAGCGCGGGCUGUCCCUCACCAUCGCGAGGGUCGUGCAGCGCCUGCAGGGCUCCAGCCUCCACUCCCAGCUGGAGCGACAGGCCCGGGUUAGCCUACACAAACCAGAAAUUAAGCUGGAAUCACUAAAAGAGGAUAUUAAGGAAUUUCUGAAGACAUCAGGUUGGGAAAAGAAGCUUCAGAAUGCUGUUUAUAGUGAACUCAAUGUGUUUCCUUCGCCCUGUCAUCCUGCAGCACCGCCUGAACAUAUUAAAGAACCUUUAGCCUAUAUGAGAAAAGCACAGGGAAGCUGGGAGAAGCGAAUUCUGAAAAGUCUGAACAGCAUGUGCACAGAACUCAAUAUCCCACUAGCACAGAAGAGGCCUGUAAAUGAACAAAAAGAGCUGCUUAAUAAGUGGAAUGAAAUGGGAACUGAUGAGCCAGAUCUAAGUCUUUUCCGGCCUGUUUAUGCACCUAAAGAUUUUCUUGAGGUACUGAUGAACCUUCGAAACCCAAAUUAUGAAAAUGGAGAGCAGCCUAGUUUCAGAAAUCAUCUGGGACUAAUUCAAGUUCCCUUAAAAGUUAAAGAUAUUCCAGAAUUGAAAGAAGACUUUAGCGAACUAGGCUUAAAUGUAGGACAGCUGGGUAUUGAUGACUCAGCACAAGUGCCUCCUGAGUUCUUUGAAAAUGAGCAUGUACGUGUUGGGCAGAAAGUUUUAGCAGAGCAGGAUAGCGCUGCAGCUCAGCAGUAUGUUCGUCAGGGAUGUCCGACAGCACUCCGAGCUGAUCUGUGGGCCCUCAUUCUUAACGUUUCUAAUCAGCCAGAGGACAUCCUGUAUUAUGAACAGCUUAAGUCAAAUGUGAUUCAACACAACCUUUUAGUGGACAGCCUGAUUUACAAAGAUGUAAAGCUGACAGCAAGUAAUGAUGACUACUAUUUUGUGUUUGAGGAUUAUUUAUAUCAGGUGUUGCUGUGUUUUUCCCGAGAUACAUCUGUAUUGGAGCACUUUGCUUACAGUAGUGCCACCCCACCCAAAUCAUACAUACAAGGAAAACUUGGAAUGGAAGAAUAUGCUGUUUUCUAUCCUCCAAAUGGUGUAAUUCCUUUUCAUGGCUUUUCUAUGUAUGUUGCUCCACUUUGUUUUCUGUACCAUGAACCUUCCAAAUUGUAUCAGAUAUUCCGUGAGAUGUAUGUGCGUUUUUUCUUCAGACUCCAUUCCAUCUCUUCUCAUCCCUCUGGCAUUGUAUCCUUGUGUUUGCUUUUUGAGACUCUUCUACAAACCCACCUGCCCCAGCUCUUCUAUCACCUCCGAGAAAUUGGAGCUCAGCCACUACGAAUUUCAUUUAAAUGGAUGGUACGAGCAUUUUCUGGUUAUUUAGCUACAGACCAGCUUUUGCUUCUGUGGGACAGAAUCCUGGGAUACAAUUCUCUAGAAAUUCUUGCUGUCCUGGCAGCUGCUGUGUUUGCUUUCCGAGCGGUCAACCUGAUGGAGGUGACAUCACUGGCUGCAGCAGAAGCUGUACUUGCUGACCUUUCAACCCUGAAAGUUAUGCCUCUUCUUCAAAUCUUCUUGUUUGCUACUGUCACUUGAUCUGCUUCAACAAUACUGGUACCACAUUCCAGUCUUUCUGGAGAAGCUAAGCAUCAACUAUGCAAUGUCUGCAUAAAACCAAAAUCAAACUCCAUGUAUAAAAUCAAUUUAGAAAUAAUUACCUUAAUAUUUUCUAACUGGAAAAAAUAACUUGUCAUACGAUUGUGUGAAGUGCAUGCUAAUGAAUGCCACUGUAGAAGCAAUGGUUAUUACUUGUACAUUGAAAACGACUACCUGUGCAAGUAAAUAAUAUGAAUCACUGUUUAAAAUGCAUGUAAUAUUAAAUUAAAUAAAUUAAAUGUAAUUCGUGA